AUGAUUGCUUUUUUAGGAGAACAGUUAAACAGUGCAUCAAUAACUUUUUUCAAUAAUCUUCCAAAUGUAACACAUGCUUACGAGUAUUCUCACCCAAAAUAUUCUAAUAAAAAUCUUUAUUUUGUCAUUGAUACAGUACACAUAUUAAAGUGCAUUCGUAAUAACUGGUUAAAUAAAAAACCAGAAAAAGAGAUAGUAUAUCUUCAUGUUGAUGAUGACCAAUGUUCAGAACUUCGAAUUGCCUCAUUCAAUGCACUAAAGCAACUACAUGCACCAGAAAAGUCUGGAAAGCAACAGCUAAUUUAUUUGAAUGAGUUCUUAAUUUGGUUACAACGAUGGGAAACAUGUCCAAAUGAAUCUGGAUUAACGAGUGAAAAAAAAUUUUGCUUUAAAGCUCAGCCCACAAACAUUGCUGAAGCUGUUAGAACACUAGCUGUCAAAGUAAGGAAAUACAGUAAUUAUUUCCUAAGUGGGAAGAUUCAAACUAAUAACCUAGAAGAUCGAUUUGAAAAAUAUCUUCAACUGCCUGGAUUUCAGUUUCAUAUAUCAGUCAGACAAAUUUUUGAGUCGAAAGAUAAGCUUAGAAACCAGAAUUUGCUUCCAUUUGUCAUUAUAUCAAAUUUUCUUGGUAACAUUCCAAUAUAUGCAAAUUCGUGUAUUCUGUAAGAAAUUUUUACAAAUGAAAGUGACAAAAGUAUAUUAAUUUACAGAUAU